AUGUCUGAGAAAGACAUUCCAAAGAAAUACAAUGAAUUGCGAAGCAUCUACAAAGACUACAUUGAUGUAUAUAAUUUAUUGUAUCAGCUGAAAACGGAAAAUGAAGAAGAAUUAAACUCAAUUUACAUAAUGAUCAAAACAGAAUUGACUGAAUCCAUCAAACUGCUUCCUCAAAAUAUUAUAAGAGAUAUUUCAAAUAUGGUUCCGUAUAAUAAUCGCUACACAAAGUCAUAUUUGCUUCUUGCCAAAUUCAUUUCUGAUGAAUAUCAUGUAACAAAUGUCAGAUAUGUUGAAAUUGCUUUUAAUUUCUUGUUUUAUAAAGAAUAUGGAAUUAAAUUAGACAAAUCUAGUGAUUUCGAGGAAAUUAAAUCUUUAAAUCUGGAUAUUCAUACAGAAAACACAAUUUACAGAGCAAUUAUGAAUGAUGAUAAAGAAACAUUCAUUUCAUGCACGGAAAGAGAAGGAUUUAAUAGAUAUCAAACACUUAAAAGCAAAUUAUAUCCAAAAUCUAAAGAAAGAGAAGAACUUAGAAGCUAUAUAUAUUCAUGUUCUGAUAGAGGAUAUUCAUUACUUGAAUUAUGUUGUUACCACGGAGCAGUUGAUUGUUUCAAGUUCUUAAGAACAAAAUUCAAAUCAGAAAUAACUCAAAAAUGUUUACAACUUUCAUUUUUAGGUAGAAGCAAAGAGAUCAUGAGUGAAUGCUUGAAACAUAAAAAACCAGAUGAAGAAUGCAUGAAAUAUGCAAUUAUUUCACACAACAUUGAUUUUGUUACUUUCCUGAUGAAUGAAUACAAAAAGAAAAUCGAUGUUUAUAAUUGUAGAGUUUUUAAAAAUCUCGAAUCAUUUUUAGUUUAUUACGAUCAAAUUCAUAAUUAUCACAGGUGUAUUGUUCAUUCCGCGGGGUUCACUAUUCCAUCUCUUUUGGAAUAUUUUAUUUCACAUGGUGGAUUUAUCAAUAAAAGUGAUAAAUACGGAGAAACUUCUCUUCAUUAUGCAGCACGUUAUAAUAGUAAAGAAAUAGCCGAGCGUCUUCUUUCACGUGGUGCAAAUAUCAAUAAAAAAGAUAACUCUGGGAAAACCGCUCUUCAUAUUGCAGCAAUGGUAAAUAGUAAGGAAGUAGCAGAACUUCUUCUUUCACGUGGUGCAAAUAUUAAUGAAAGGGAUAACUCUGGAAAAACCGCUCUUCAUAUUGCUGCAUCUAAAAAUAGCAAAGAAACACUCGAACUUCUUAUUUCAUGUGGUGCAAAUAUCAAUGAAAAAGCUAACUCUGGAAAAUCAGCUCUUCGUAUUGCAGUAUGGCAAAAUCAUAAAGAAAUUGUUGAAGUUCUUAUUGCCUAUGGUGCAAAUAUCAAUGAAAAAAAGUGA